AUGACGACAGGGGAUCAGCAACAUCAUGGCUCCACAAGCCAUGGAGACGACCCUACGGUACAACAGAUGAUGGAAACAAUCCGCAAGAUGCAGGCUGACAUGGACGCCCGAGAAGAAACAUGGAGAUCUGAAAGAGAAGCACUACAGAGGGAACUCACGACAGCCAAAUCCAAGUCCAACCCUACGGCAAGGGGUGUGUUAAACAGUGUGGCUAGACGCUUGAACAUGGACGACGAAGAGGAGGAACAAUACGAUGAAGAAAUUGAAGCAGAGAACCCAGAACAGAGGGGUCCUGAGGGCAACAAUGAUGGUGAUGGUGUAGGCCCAGAUGCUAACAACGGUGGUCCGGAGAAGCAGGACAAAAACAAAGGACACGACAAAGGAAAUAAGAAGAAGAAGAAGAAGGAGAGCAGGUCCACUAGGUCACGUAGCCAUGACACGAUGCGCAAAGAGUUACAAGCCCUGAAGGAAAUGGUUCAACGCAUCCCUGGGGUACCAAAACCCCUUGAAAAAGCUGCACCCAUGAGCUACGCGGACUCCCCUUUUUGCGACAACAUCGCUCUGGUGGAGAUGCCAAAGCGCUUCGCCGUACCGGCCAUGAAAACCUACGAUGGGACGACUGACCCACAGGAACAUGUGGCACAGUACAAACAACGAAUGUUCACGGUAUCCAUUACGAAAGAACUGAGGGAACCAUGCAUGUGCAAGGGCUUCGGCUCAACAUUGACCGGCCCAGCAUUACAAUGGUAUGUGAGCCUCCCAAAUGGAAGUAUUGAGACGUUUGCCGAUUUGGUCGACGCUUUCAACCUUCAGUUUGCGAGUAGCAGAGUAUUUGAGAAAACUACAAGUGACCUCUACAAAAUAGUCCAGGGGUUCAGAGAGCCUUUGAGAGAUUACCUAACUAGGUUCAAUCGUGAGAAGGUGACCAUCACAAAUUGUGACACUCCCACGGCGAUUGAGGCGUUCAGGAGGGGACUGGAGAAAGACUCACCUUUAUACGACGAGCUCACCAAGUAUCCUUGCAAAACACUAGAUGAUGUCCAAGCUAAAGCAAUGGCGCAAGUGCGUCUCGAGGAGGACAAGAAGGAACGGGAUGACAAGUAUUAUCGUCCAAAUCGAAAGGUCAUGACUACAAGAGACAGGGACUACAAACCCUACGCCAGAGAACCUAGGGGUCCAAAAGAAGAAACACGUGUCAACUCGACGCAUGAACAUGCUGACUGGAGGAAGGAUCCAAAUUUACCCCCAACAUAUGACAGUUAUGGUUUCACAAUCACACCUUCUGCCAUGAUGAGGGAAUUCACGAAGAUGGGCGACGUAAUAAAAUGGCCAGUAAAGAGUAACAAGCCAAAAGCAAACCCAGAUUCCAAGCUGUGGUGUGACUUUCACGGUGACUACGGCCAUAAGGCGUCUGAUUGCGUGGCCCUAAGGAGGGAGAUCCAGUACCUCGUGAAGAAAGGAUACCUCACAGAAUUCAUGACAACCAAAGACACUGAAAAGACACCCCAGAAACUACCACCACCCCCCUAUCAGAAAGUUGUGAACUUUAUAGCAGGAGGAUCUGAGAUAUGUGGGGCAACCUACUCACAAGCAAAACGCAUAGCAAGACAAAAAGGCAAGCAAGUCAAUACACUGACUCCAAAGAAUGACGACAUGACGGAACUCGUCUUCAGCUGGACAGACAAGGAACACGUGCAGGAACCACAACAAGAUGGCUUAGUAAUCUCACUCCAAGUUGGCAACUGCCUCAUCAAAAGGAUAAUGGUGGACAAUGGCAGUGCAGCAAACAUAAUGACAAAAAACACCCUGCAGGAAAUGGGUUUGGCAGAUAGCGACAUGAUCAAGCGCUCAACCAUCCUUGUAGGCUUCAGUGGUGAGACAAAGAAGACCCUGGGAGAAAUCACAUUGCCUGUUUACACACAUGGAGUCAAUAUCUCAACGAAAUUUCUCAUAAUUGACUGUGACUCCACGUAUAACAUACUAAUGGGUAGACCAUGGAUUCAUGACAUGCAAGCGGUACCUUCGACAUUUCACCAAGUCAUCAAAUUCCCAACCCCAUGGGGAGUUCAGCAGAUUCGAGGAGAUCAAUACACAGCAAGAGAAGUCUACAAGACGUGCAUGAAACCCACAGUCCAACAUAAACCAGAGUUGACGUCAAGUCCAGCCAUGACAGGACCUGAGAAUUUGGCUGAGGUCAGCCUAGAUACAGGGGACAAGAAGGUGCUAGUAGGAGAGGACCUAUCUCCAAACAUAGAAGCAAAUCUGGUUGAGUUUCUGACAACGCGGUUAGAUGCAUUUGCAUGGGAACAUGAAGACAUUACUGGCAUCAGUGCUGAAGUAAUCACCCACAAGCUGAAUGUCGACCCCAACCACAAGCCGGUGCAACAGAGGCGGAGGAAAUUUGCAGCAGAAAGAAACAAGAUCAUCAAUGACGAGGUGUCACGACUACUAAAGGCAGGAAUGAUAAAAGAAGUUGAUUAUCCAGAAUGGUUGGCCAACGUGGUAAUAGUCCAGAAGAAAAACGGCAAAUGGAGGGUCUGUGUCGAUUAUACUGACUUGAACAAAGCCUGCCCAAAAGACCCUUUCCCUCUGCCACACAUUGACACCAUGGUAGAUUCAACAGCAGGACAUGAGUUGCUGACUUUCUUGGAUGCCUCAAGUGGCUUUAACCAAAUUCAAAUGGAUCCCUCCGACGCUGAAAAGACAGCCUUUGUGACUGAAAGAGGAGUCUACUGCUAUCUGGCCAUGCCAUUUGGUUUGAGAAACGCAAGUGCAACGUUCCAAAGAUUAGUCAACAAGAUGUUCAAGGACCAAAUAGGAAAGACAAUGGAAGUUUACAUUGAUGAUAUGGUGGUCAAGUCACUCAAUGCAGAGGAUCAUGUCAAGCACCUUCAGGAAGUGUUCGACAUUCUACGAGAAUACAACAUGAAGCUUAAUCCAUCAAAAUGCAACUUUGCAGUCUCAUCGGGAAAAUUCUUGGGACACAUGGUCACCAGGAGAGGCAUAGAAGCCAGCCCAGAACAGAUCAAAGCCAUUCACGACCUGACUAGUCCCACCUGCAUGAAGGACGUCCAGAAGUUGACAGGAAGAGUGGCUGCACUUAACAGAUUCAUUUCACGUUCCUCUGACAGGUGUAAACUAUUUUACAACGUCCUAAGGAAGAAUAAAGGAUUCGACUGGACAAGUGAACAUGAAGCUGCUCUCACAGAAUUGAAGCAAUACUUAACAUCACCACCCCUCCUAGCAAAACCAGUGCAGGGAGAGGACCUCUACGUCUACCUGUCUGUCACAAGUCAUGCCGUGAGCAGUGUUCUCGUGAAAGAGGCAACUGGGGUGCAGUCACCAGUAUACUACACGAGCAGAAGUCUACUCGAAGCAGAAACCAGAUAUACACCCCUGGAAAAGUUGGUCCUAGCGCUUGCCAUGACGUCCACAAAGUUACGACACUAUUUUGAGACCCACAGGAUACAUGUCCUGACAAACUUCCCCUUGAGGACAGUCUUGAGUAAGCCAGAACUAACUGGUCGAAUGGCGAAGUGGGCGAUUCAACUUAGCACCUAUGACAUCAUCUAUGAACCACGGACUGCAAUAAAGUCACAGGCCUUGGCAGAUUUUGUGGCUGAUUUCAGCCCAAAGCAGAUGACAUUGGCAGAAGAGGAACUCAAACAAUUCACGACAUGUCAUGACACGCAGGCCUGGAUACUCUACACUGAUGGAGCAUCAAACUCCUAUGGCACAGGACUCGGGUUUGUGCUGAAAUCGCCACAAGGGGACAACCUGGCGUAUGCAAUAUGCUGUGACUUCAAAGCCACGAAUAAUGAAGCUGAAUACGAGGCCCUGAUAGUGGGCCUAACAACAGCAAGAGACAUGAAGGUUAAAAACAUUGACGUACAUUGCGACUCUCUUCUAAUUGUCAACCACAUUAAUGGCUCUUAUGAAGCAAAAGAUCAAAAAAUGUUUACGUACCUUGACAUAGUAAAAACCUUACAACUGUCCUUUAACGCAUUUAGUAUUCAACAGGUGCCCAGGGAACACAACGCACAAGCUGACGCGUUAGCAGGACUUGGGGCUGUAUUCAAAAACACGGGUAUAACGUCUAUCCCUAUAAUACACAUUAUGCAACCUGCAACUACAAGAAUACAACAGGAACUUGUCUUGUGUACUAACAAUAUGCACACAGAUGACGAGCCAGAAUCUUGGAUGCAAGCCUUCAAAAGCUAUCUGCAAAACGGCUCUCUGCCAGUCAGUCCCAACGAGGCACGCGUCCUACGCAUGAAGGCCUCACGCUUCGUCUUGAUCGAUGAUGUACUCUUCAAAAAGUCAGUGUCAGGUCUCCUACAGAGAUGCCUAAGCAAGGACGAGGCCAAGAUGGUUUUACACGAUGUUCACGAAGGAGAAUGCGGGAACCACAGCGGAGCAAGAGCCCUAUCAAACAAGGUGAUGAGGAUGGGAUAUUACUGGCCUACCAUGAGGCAGGAUGCAGUCGCCUAUGUUCAAAAAUGCGAUGCCUGCCAACGACAUGCACCUGUCAUCCACCAGCCGUCAGAAUACCUCCACACGACAACUCCCUCAUGGCCAUUCAUGAAGUGGGGGAUGGACAUAGUCGGGAAGCUGCCCCCUGCACCAGGACAAAAGGUUUUCAUGUUGGCCAUGACAGACUACUUUUCCAAAUGGAUCGAAGCAGAGGCUUACAAACAGGUAACUUCGAAAGAGGUGAUCACCUUCAUCAAGAAGAACAUUCUUUGCAAGUUUGGCGUGCCCUCAGAAAUUGUCUGCGAUAAUGGUUCCCAAUUCAUCAGUGACAAGACCGAGUCAUUUUGCAAAAAAUACAACAUCAACUUGAUAAAAUCGACACCAAGAUACCCACAGGCCAAUGGUCAAGCCGAGUCAAGCAACAAGAUCAUAAUCAGCAACCUGAAGAAGAGACUGACUUCACACAAAGGAAAAUGGGCAGAAGAGUUACCCUGGGUCCUCUGGUCGGACAGGACGACACCAAAAACUUCAACCGGGCAAACACCCUUCAGCCUAGUGUAUGGCGCAGAAGCAGUCCUCCCCACAGAGGUCCUGACCCCCACUGCGAGGUAUGGACUGUUGAAUGAAGAGACAAAUCAAGACGAACUGACUGCUGAUAUUGACACUGUGGAUGAGUUGAGGCAAAUGGCUAAGCUACGAAUGGCAACCUAUCAACAGAAAAUAGCAAGAAACUACAACAAACAUGUCCACCUUCGGAUGUUCCGAGUAGGUGACAUGGUGCUGAGGAAGACGUUUCAAAACACCACUGACCCGACAGCAGGGAAAUUUGCUGACACCUGGGAAGGCCCCUACUUAGUGGACGCUGUGGUCGGAAAGGGAGCGUACCGACUAUCAACUUUAGAUGGCACUCCCGUCCCAAGAAGCUGGAAUGCCACUCACCUGAAGUUUUACCAUGUUUGA